AUGACGACUAAAGAGCCGACAAGGACUACGUCAGGACCAACCAAUAUCACCACAAUGCCAACAACGCCUACACCAACACUCACCACCCACCAAGACAAAAAUGACAACGACAACGCCGAGACUCCCAGCCUUCACUACAACGCCGUUUACGACUACGUCAGGACCAUCGACCUUCACUACGGCACCGAUGACGACUACGUCAGAAACUUCUACCUUCGAUACAACACCGUUCACGCCUACGUCAGAAACUUCUACCUUCGAUACAACACCGUUCACGCCUACGUCAGAAACUUCUACCUUCGAUACAACACCGUUCACGCCUACGUCAGAAACUUCUACCUUCGAUACAACACCGUUCACGCCUACGUCAGAAACUUCUACCUUCGAUACAACACCGUUCACGCCUACGUCAGAAACUUCUACCUUCGAUACAACACCGUUCACGCCUACGUCAGAAACUUCUACCUUCGAUACAACACCGUUCACGCCUACGUCAGAAACUUCUACCUUCGAUACAACACCGUUCACGCCUACGUCAGAAACUUCUACCUUCGAUACAACACCGUUCACGCCUACGUCAGAAACUUCUACCUUCGAUACAACACCGUUCACGCCUACGUCAAGAUCCACAACCGCCACUAG